GCUACAUGUCUAAUUUAGAAUCUGCGAAGUUUCAACACGAAAACUUGACUGAUUUUUGUACAUUCUAUUUAUUUUAUUUAUUCAUCAGGCAAGGUGAUACAAUAAUGAUUUUUCAACGAACUUUUAUAUUAAUAUUUGUAUUUAUCUUUGUCAAUUUUGUUUACACAAAAGACUUUUAUGAGUUACUUGGUGUGUCACAGGAUGCAACAAAAUCAGAAAUACGAAAAGCUUUUAAAAAACUUGCUCUGGAAAAGCAUCCAGAUAAAAACAAAGAAGACAAAUCUGCUCAUGAGGUUUUCACAGAGAUUAACAAAGCAUACGAAGUUCUAAAAGAUGAUGAACUACGAAAAAAAUAUGAUGUUUAUGGUGAAGAAGGAUUAAAAGAUAAUCAUUUUUCAAAUCAGUAUCAAAGUUGGAGUUAUUAUAACGAACAAUUUGGCAUUUAUGAUGAUGACCCUGAAAUCAUCACUUUAAGUCAGUCGGAUUUCGAGCAAUCAGUUAUUGGGUCUGAAGAUGUUUGGUUUAUUAACUUUUAUUCUCCUUAUUGUUCUCAUUGUCACACUCUUGCACCAACAUGGAGAGAAAUUGCAAAAGAACUGAAUGGUGUCAUACGCAUUGGUGCAGUUAAUUGUCACGAUGACUGGAUGUUAUGCAACAUGCAACAAAUACGAAGUUAUCCAUCAUUAGUAUUAUACCCAACAGGGGAAUACUACUAUGGUGAACACGAGAAAGAAAAAAUGAUUUCGUAUAUACUUGGUCGAUUAGAUGUUGAGGUGACAGAUAUAACUUAUGACAUGUUAAAAGAUCGAAUACCAACAAGUGAUCUUCCAUGGGUGAUAUCUUUCUGUGAAGCUGAUAGAGACUGUGUUUCGGACAGAACCUUACUAAAGCUAUCAGCAAUGUUGGAAAAUCUGGCACACGUAGGACGAGCAGAUUGUGAAGUGAAUCCUCUUGUUUGCAAGGACUUCUUCCAAACCACUAGCGUUCAAUUUUAUUCUGUUGGUCAAAUCAAUGGCAGAGGUGGAAAGUUGAUUCCAAGUUUGGAGACAAGUGAGAUUAUGGAAGAAGUUCUGAAGUUGUUGCCAGAACCAUUUGUGAUCAAUGAUGAUUUGUUUCAGGGAGUACGUCGAAAUAUAUCAGAGGGGAAAAGCGAGCCAUGGUUGUUUAUUUUCUUAUCUGGACAUGAGCUGGAUUUGGAAUUGCGAAAAAUAACUGCUUUGAUACCUGAAAUCAAUAUUGCAAGUGCUGAUUGUAAAGAAGUGAAAGAUUUUUGUCAUAGAUUUCACGUCACCAAAUAUCCAACCGUAGUCCUCUACAAGAAAGAAGGUUAUGAAUAUCAUCAUGGUCGAUAUAAUGCGCAUGAUAUCGCUAAUUUUGCGAGGGAAAGCGUAAUUUCGAAUGUACGCGUUCUUGGUCCUGAAGACUUCCCCAAAGUUAUUGAGAAAGGAGACAACUGGUUCAUUGAUUUCUUUGCACCGUGGUGUCCACCUUGUAUGAAACUCCUCCCCGAAUGGCGAAAGGCUGGAAAACAAAUUGGCGGUACUAUGGCACAAUUUGGAACCGUUGAUUGUACCAUACAUAAAGGAUUGUGCCAGCAGUACAACGUUCGCUCCUACCCCACCAUCAUCUUUUACAACCAAAGUACUCCUCACUUGUUUAGUGGUGGAAGUCGUACUGCUGAACAGAUCAUCGCAUUUGCUGAGGAUAUUUUAAAUCCACCUGUGGUAAUAUUAACACCUGAAACUUUCGAAUCACUUGUUAACAAGAAAUCCGUCGGCGAAACCUGGUUGGUUGAUUUCUACGCCCCAUGGUGUGGUCCGUGCAUGGAGUUAGCACCCACGUACAGACAACUUGCGAAGAAACUCAAAGGAGAUGCUGUACUGGGUCAGAUAGAUUGUCAGCAAUUUAGUUACUUUUGCAAUGUACAAGGAAUUAACUCCUACCCAACAAUUCGUUUAUAUCCUUAUCAUGGCGAAGGAGCUUCGUACUACAUACCACACCAGGGAUGGAGAGACUUACAUUCUUUACACACGUGGGUAUUUCAGUACUUCCCCACAAUGGUUGAAGAUUUAGAUGAAACAAGGUUUUACGAAGAAGUGAUCGAUGGUGAAGAUCCGUGGCUUGUGGAUUUCUACGCUCCAUGGUGUGGACAUUGUCACUCCUUUGCACCGCACUUUUCGAAGUUAGCAAAGCGUUUACAAGGAACUAUUCGAGCUGGUAAAGUCAACUGUGAUAAUGAUCAUCAUAUAUGUCGUCAAGUCAGAAUACGUGCAUACCCUACCGUUAAAUUUUAUCCUGGAACUAUAUCUGAUGGAAUGAGUCAGACGAUCACUGGUAUCAGUAUGAAUACACUGGACACAGAAUACCUCUACUCGAAUUCUAUUCAACUGCUUGAGAAUCAUUUAGCCGAAAAAGAGAGAGAAAACAGUCAGAAGAAUAUCGAACACGAUGAAUUUUAAAACCAAUUUUAGCAAUUCGCUUCACCAGAAGUCUUAACUAUUCUAAUUUCGCUGAAUGGGUCUCUUUGCUAAAUACUUGCUCACUGGACGCAGAAGUUCAAAAAGCUUUCAACAAAUGCGACAACAGCACGAAAAUUAUAUAUACAUAUAUGCGAUAUGUGUGUGUUAAUAACAAUAACAUCCCUGUGUGAACUUUUAAAGCUUCGUGUAUUUUAGAUAUAUUUUAUCUGCGAUUUUUUUUCUUUUAAAGAAUAAAUAUAAUAUGUAAUCUAGAUUUAUAACGUAAAAAUUAUUUGUGUUUUAAA